CUGCAAGCAGGGGUGGGCUGGGCCAGCAGGAAUGUGGUGGGGCAGGGCUAUUUAAGCCCAGGACUGGCUGGCAACGCCAGCAGCCUGCCCUGUGAGCCGCCAGCAUGGAUGACAUCUACAAGGCUGCGGUAGAACAGCUGACAGAAGAGCAGAAAAAUGAGUUCAAGGCAGCCUUUGACAUCUUCGUGCUGGGCGCUGAGGAUGGCUGCAUCAGCACCAAGGAGCUGGGCAAGGUGAUGAGGAUGCUGGGACAGAACCCCACACCUGAGGAGCUGCAGGAGAUGAUUGACGAGGUGGAUGAGGACGGCAGUGGCACCGUGGACUUUGAUGAGUUCCUGGUCAUGAUGGUUCGGUGCAUGAAGGAUGACAGCAAAGGAAAGUCUGAGGAGGAGCUGUCAGACCUCUUCCGCAUGUUUGACAAAAAUGCUGAUGGCUACAUCGACCUGGAUGAGCUGAAGGUGAUGCUUCAAGCUACAGGUGAGACCAUCACAGAAGAUGACAUUGAGGAGCUCAUGAAGGAUGGUGACAAGAACAACGAUGGCCGCAUUGACUAUGACGAGUUCCUGGAGUUCAUGAAGGGGGUGGAGUAGACACCAACCCUCUCCCAUAGCUGCCUGUGCUACCUGGCAACUCCAGCUGGACCCUGGGGUGGGGGUAAGGGACCAGGGUCCCCAGCAUGUGAGCUUGGGUGUGUCCUUGGCCGACCGUGGGCCCUCACUGACUGCCUCCCCCAGCCUUAUCCUAGGGAAUUCAAAUAAAGCCCUGCUCCCUGGA